GAGGUGACCGUGAACGUGAGUGCGUCAUGGAGGAAGGGUCCAAUGGAAAGACGCAGCUGGAGCGGUACUCGAGCAGCUCCUCCUACGGCGGCAGUCAUCGCCACAAGCCAGACCGGCCGCCUAAGUAUGAGAAGAUCCACCAUGACCAAGUGGCGCAGACGGGAGGUGGCCGCUACGAGAAGAGACAGCUAGUGAGUGACACGGUGGACAAGAUCUACGACCGCACGCAGUAUGAGGUGGAACAGCUGCCUUCAGACGUCCUGCCCAGUGACAAGUACCGUGAGGAUAGGACAGGUGUGAAGGGCAGCCGCUAUGACCGCCUCCCCCGCGCCUCCCUCAGUAAGAACAUCGUGGACACGCCUUACCCGCGACCCCAUGAGAGAUAAAUACGAAAGGCUGGAGAAGAGUAAGGAGUCCAAGGAGUCUAAGAGGUCCAUUAGUGGUACAGACCGGAGCAGCAGCAACAAGACAACAAAGGCGCCUCCUGUCAAGAGUCCCAAGCCCACAGCAGGAGAGUUGGCUAUCCUGCACGGAGUGUGUCGCUGCGCCGCCAUGGGAGGGAGACCCCACGUGCAUCGAAGUGUGGACGACAAGAAAACGGUGGGCGUGGGGGUGCCCUGCGUCAGAUCGGGAAGCAUGACGGACUCAGAACUCUUCAGCAGAGGCCGAGGUUGCUCCCGCCGGUGGUGCGUGUGUCUCGUCCUCGCCGUGCUCUUCGUGUCCCUUGGAGCUGCCGCUGGCAUCUACUUCGCCUAUCAGUUCCUGGGCCUCGAACUCCCACACGAGCGGGUGUUCCGGGGCUCCUUCGAGGUGAGGAGCGGCGACAGGUGGAGCUCACUGCUAUCUGACGUGUCCAACCCUUACUACGUCAGCACAGCCCAGAAGUAUGCGGCGCGCCUCGACACCAUCUACCAGAACUCCAUCUUCCAGAACGCCUUCAUCCGCUCAGAAGUGUUAGCGCUCGAUAGGGGUCCGGACGACGCCUUGGUGGUGCAUUUCAACCUACACGUCAACUACCGCCGCCUCCACCUGGAUGCUGCUGAUCUCUACCUCGUGCUGGUGUGCCGAGAUCCGCAAACCAGACUCCGCGGCACUCAGCGGCGUCACCAGAGGAAGGUACAACACUACCCUGGAAGCAUGCCACCACACUUCCCCACGCCGGGCUCUGAGUACCACACAGGCUCCAGACUGUACAAGCCGCCCUCCAAAAGCGGUCCCACCACGCCCACCUCCCCGCCCACCACCACGCCCCCGCCCAGACGCUGCCAAGCCCUCGACGUGAACCUGUGCGCUGGUCUCCACCACAAUGUGACCACUUAUCCUAAUCUCCUCGGACACCAAGAUUCGGAUGCCGUCGAAAGGGACAUCAUCUCCAUCAGGCAAGUGAUAGACUCCGAGUGCCAUCCGCUGGCCCAAGAGUUCCUCUGUGAAUUGAUACAACCUGACUGUCGCCGCGCCCAGACCAUGUCACCGAGCGGGGUGUUCGAGGACCUGCUGGUGAGCCCCUGCAGGGACUUCUGCGAGGAGGUGAUGAGCGUAUGUGGCUCCAACUUGCCGGCUCGCCUCAAGAGAGCAGUCAACUGUUCCGCACUGCCCACCCUCAACGCAGACCACGAGUGCACCACUAAGCCAGACUCCAGUGAAAGUGUAUUGAUGUCACGCUGGGGUGGCCCGGAGCGUGUCUGCGACGGUGUCAUCGACUGCGCGGAUAUGUCAGAUGAAGAGCAGUGCUCCAGCUGCGGCCUCAAAGCUUUCAGGUGUGGCUCGGGGGCGGCGUGUGUAUCUCAGGAGCGGCGGUGUGAUGGCAUCGAGGACUGUCCCAAUGGAUCAGACGAGCGGGGCUGCUUAUCCCUAACGCCGACCCCCACGGACCCUGACGCCUUGAAAGAGCAACAGUGGACCAAAUACAACCGAGAGGGCCUGCUGCGCUACACGGAGGGCGGCCUGCCUUCCCGCGUGUGUGUGGACAACAUCAACAAGACCCUCACCACGCAGGAGGCGCACCAGCUUAUUCACAACAUGGCGGAAGUCACAUGCGACCUCCUUUCCUACGGAGGCGUGGAGCUGGUGGAGGUGGUGACGGAGGAUGUUUACGAUCACGUGCCUGGCCUGGGCUACGUGCAGAUCACCGACGUGUUCUCCACCAACAUUACCUUCGAGCCAAUCAACUGCUCCCGCCGCACCGUGGUGUAUAUGGUGUGCUCCGAAUUGGCGUGUGGCGUGCGGCCGCUGUACCUGCCGCCGCGCAGCCCGGUGGUGGAGGGCGGCGUAGUGCGCACCGUGGACAGUGGGGAUUGGCCCUGGUCGGCGGCGCUGCUCAAGGACGGAGUGCAUGCCUGCGACGCCACGUUGAUCCACACCUCGUGGCUGCUCACCACCUCGCUCUGCUUCCAGGGCCAGGGGCGGGCACUGUGGGUGGCGCGUCUGGGCGGCAUCCGCAUCUCGUCCCAGGCGCCGUGGGUACAGGAGAGGCUCAUCGUGGGCAUGGUGAAGUCCCCGGUGGAGGGAAGCAAGAUCGUCCUUAUCAAGCUUGCAGACUCUGAGCUUGAGCUGAGCGACUACGUGCGGCCCGCUUGCCUGGGCUCCCACACCGCUGUCAGUCAGCUGGCGAAACGCAACUGCCGCAGCCUGGGAUGGGGCGCCAGGCGGGAUCCUCUGGUGGAGCUGUCGGUGAAGGUGAACCCCGGGGAGGCCUGUCAGCGACUUGACGGCUUCAUGGAGAACACCAUCUGUGCCCAGCAGACCUCACCCACCGACAGAUGCCUCCUGGAAGAGAUGAGUGGCGGAGGACUGCUGUGUGAGUGGGCCGGCCGCUGGGAGGUGGUGGGCGUGGCCAUGUCGCACACCGGCUGCUACCAGGGCUCAAGACCACGCCUGUACGACGACAUCACCACCAACACCGUCAAGUGGAUAAAGAAGACGAUCGCAGCCUUCCAGCGUAAUUCGUAACCCGCAAGCAUGAGUGGCCACCUCACAGUGUAGAGACAGGGUAGGAGCACGGCUGACAGUGUGACGAUAUUUUUCUUCUUUCGAGGAUUCUACGUAGAUUUGUUAUUCCAAGAGGCACAAAUCCUACGAUCAACAUUAAUUUGAUGUUGAUUCUUUGUUUAACCUUUAUUCAGUAGCCCUCGAGGGUCACUUAGCUUCCAAGGUUCUCCCUUUAGAAGAGGACUUGAGAGAGUUUCCGCCCUGGCGAGGGAGCCGCGGGAUGUUGGCGUGUCCUGAAGGUGAAGCCUUCCAUAAUACUCGCACACCACCACACUCGCUGGAUGGUGUUGGUUCACAUAUCAAAUUCAGUAUUGUAUUCUCAAUUCUAUCAAAUUAUUCCCAGAACAACCAUAUCACAUACAUAUCUCAAAUUCUGUAUAGGUUGGUAAAUGGCAUAGCGAUUUAUAUAUGAAUUAUUGUUGGCCUUGUAGAGAAUUAUCAGAUAUGAAAUAUAUGUAUGAGAGAUAUUUGAGUUAAUGAUAGAGAAAACUCUAAAAUGAAAACCUCCGACACUGUCCUAACAAAGUAACAUUUAUGUUAAAUACUAAUGUAUAUUUCUCUUAAUUUUUAAGAGUUUAUACAUAGUGCAUAGUUUGUGUGCAAUUUCAAACUCAAGUGCAAGGCUCCCUCGUGCUGCUGGGGCAGAGACGCCCACAGUAACAGUGUUGUCCUAGUGGUAGACUAGUGCUAGAGGGGCGCCGCGCCCCACCCUGCCGCUUGCACUCCGGGGGCUCAGUUGGCACCCUCCCUACAGCAGUCACCCCUGUUCAUGGGAUGGUCUGGCACGCCCUAGACGACGUGUCGCUGAAGGUCCCCCUAGCUGCCGCAUCUAGGUACUCGGUGUAUUAGUCGACCUGGCUACGUGGAGAAGUGUGAUUGUUACGUGGAUGGUGUGUGUCCUCGCGGUCCUUUGGCUGCCUCUCGCGGGUGGUUCAUGUUUAUAUGUGCAUUCAAGUGUAGCGAUACCGACGUGCUGAACCAUAGAUCGCCACCCAACGAUAUUAUGGCUGAUAUAGAUAUAUUUACUAUAUUUCAGUGACAUCUAUGGUUCAUGGCUGCUUUGUCAUUAACAAACAUGUCACUUAUAAAUGUUGUACAGAAAUCUUUAUUUGCUUUGGUUGAAGCAUGAGUCAUCUCUGACUGCAGAGAAAUUUUGUAAACUUAUAAUGACCUGUUGUAAAGAAACACAUAUCCAAGAAUUUACUGGUGAGGUGUUUCUCUGCUCUGUAUGGUCCCGUUGGCGCGCUGACGUAUCGGGUCUGUACCGCCUGUUACUGAGGGUCGAAGGGAACCACGUGUAGUAGAAAAUACAAAUCGAGUUGUGUUCAGUGACUUGUAGCGCCGAGGAGUUUGAACUGUCGUGCUGCGUCACAAGUAACAGCAGGUUCAGGGACGAAAACCUUGAUGCAGAAAACAUGUUACGACUGUUAUUCUUUCAUCUACAAGGUAGCAAUUUGAGGUUGAGAGAUAAAUAAAACAGCAUAAUACUCGUAAACAUCUAACUUUUUUUUUCGGUUUUGUUUCGGUCAGUAGAUUUCAUGUGUACUUAUGCAUAUUUUUUAACAUUAAAAUCAUAGAAAUCUCACAGGGUAAAAUAUAUAGGAAACGUGAAUGAUUCCAGGGCAGGUAACGAACUCGCUCCUAUAUAAUAUUAUUAUGAAGGUGUAGCAGUAGCUCGGUGAGGCGUACGUGAGGCGAAGGCUUUUAGUUCAACGCAGAUUUAUACAUACUACACAUACAUAACACAUCGGAAACCUAAUUUGAAAAGGUAGAUUUUUGUAACACUACUCACAACAUUAAAUUCUUGUCUUCAUUUUUUUUUUUUUUCAAUGACAGUCCACCUUUUUUAUGUCAUUCCUACAGAAACCACAUAAAACUACAUGAUAUUUUAUAGAAACUCCUUAUGAAGUAGCCAGAAAGAACGAGGCAUACAAUAAGAAAUUAACUCCCUGCAUUUAUCAAAAAAAAAAAGACCAUAGUGAAUGAAUCUUUGGCACCCAUCCCAAGGUGCUGGGUAGCGCCGGUGUCGGGGAAAAACUAUCGCCCUCAUUUCCUUCCUGUCAUCCUUCACUAGACACUGGCGGUCCACAGGGGUGUAUACUGCUUCCUCUCCUCAGGUGUCCACUUAAAGAUAUUAUAAGGAAUGCUUAAUCUAGUGCAUUUCUCGACAGGAGAGAGAGAGAGAGAGAGAGAGAGAGAGAGAGAGAGAGAGAGAGAGAGAGAGAUAACCCCGUUUUUUAUUUCUUUACUACCACAGCACGUUUUCUUUCUUAACCUUCGACUGCUAAGAGCAUCAUGUGAGACACUUAACUUCAUUAAAGGAUUUAUAUUUAAACUAAAUGAUCCUUCUGAUGAUAAACUUGCACCAGUUAAUUAUAUGUUACGUCUAAGAAGCCGUAGGAGUCGAAGGAUUAAAUGAACUGUUUGAAAUAUCUUCUGUAUAACCCUGAUUGCAGAUGAUGUUUCCAUACGUAUAGAUUACCAGUUAUAUACCACUUGAAGCAUUUAUUUCAAUCCACUGGGAGAGAGAGAGAGAGAGAGAGAGAGAGAGAGAGAGAGAGAGAGACUGUCACUUCACUUCCUACGCAUUAACAAGAUGCCUAUUGUAACCAUCAUUGCAAUAACUGUAAAAGCUUCCCAAAUGAACAAAGAAAGAUUUAUACAUUAAGGCUGUAUCAUACUCCACUGUUAAAAGUAAUCAAGUUAUUUGGAAGAAGAAUUGUUAGUUAUCAUAUAAUUAUGUUGCAGAAUUUGCCAUGACGAAGAGCAGCAUUCCGUGUUAUUUAGAUAGACAUUCGUUGUACACAGGCAGCAUUUUAGGGACUUUAAUUCUAGAGACUGGGUAAAGAGAGCAAUAAUUUGUUGGUUCGUUGUAUCAUUUAUUUCUACUAGAUUUUGUGCAUAGGUGUUCUUUUCUUACAUUAUCUAUUAACUACUAUUUUAACGAAUCACUAAGAUCCGUUACCUAAGCUGAAUUUAUUGUCACUGAAUAACUUCCAUACCUAAGGAUCCAUAUUCUCAAACGUUUCAGUUUCUUAUUUACUAAUUUUAAAAGGCUUCAGUGGAAAUUUUUAUGGUUUUCAAGGAUGUUUUUGUAACUUAAUGAUCGUUUAACAAAGAAUCUGGAUCAUUAGUGCAGAAUGCAGCCAUAAAACCGAACUAAUUACCUAAAUGGCUUUUGAAAUUAGUCCUCACAAGUGCUGGAAGAGUUUUAUAAUACGAUCCUCCACUUGAAAAUCAUCGUGUGGCAUGAUAGCCGGCUAACAACCCUAUUCUGCACGAUGAUACAUAAGGAAGGUCAGGAUGUUAUUAAGUGGCGCUAGAUUGAAUUUAGAAAUGCGAAUCUUCAUGUGAUCUUCUUCAACUAAUUAUGACUUGCUUCCAAGAGGCGCCUGUCCAUCUCCACCUCCAACUUACGAAGAUGUUGGACACCAGCUGUCAUUUGUUUCGGAGUUGUUUGGUAUUCACUGUCUGUCUGGAGUGGCAAGAGUACGUUGUCAACCUUUCACUCCGUCUUGGCUCCAGGUCAGGUCGUCAGGCUCAUUGAAAUGUUCUUGGUAAUUAUUGAAGUUUGUUAUUUUCUUUAUUUUUUGUUAUCUGAAGGAUGUUGAAAUGUGAAUAAAAAAAAUCUUGCUUUGGUUUCUGCAUGUACUAAAAUUUUAUACAGUUGAGAAUAUUGUAGGCAUAUAUUACGUUUGUUAUUGUUAUUACUGUUAAUAUUAUUUCUUCAUACACUUACUACUACUACUACUACUACUACUACCAUCACCAUCACUAACACUACAACCAUUACCUCUAAUACCACUACUACUUCCAACACCACCAUUUCAUUACCACUUCCUACGUACUACAUCUACCACUACUUCUACAAACUAUUACUGUCACUCUCCUAUGACGUGGCCUUCAGUUUUUCCCCGACAUCGGCCUCCACCACACAGGCGCGACCACCAGCCCGGACGCACUGUGUGUAUCAUACUGAGCACUGAGCACUGAGCAGACCUAUAGAUAUCGGAAUAGAUAGAAAUUUCACUCUAGUCUACUUUGUUAGGUGGAGCUGUUUUAUAUGUGUAGCGCUAGUGUGUGUGGGGCGGAGGGACGCAGACUGUUUGCCGAGGGGAGGAGCGGGGACGGGGUGUGUGUGGGGCGAGUGAGUGGUUGUCUGAUGUAUCCUUAUGUUGCGCGUGGGUCUUCCGCCGUUCCCGCUCCUCCCCACUGAAGAGUUAAAGGCUGCGCGCUGUCCCGUCCUGCGAGGAUUCAUGUAACGUGGCAGUAUUGUGUAAUGCAUAAGAAUGUUAACGAUAUUUUUGUUGAAUGCCUGAAUUUUAUUAAUUGCUUGAGAAGAAUAAUACAUAUAUGCGAAAUAUUUUUCAUAGAUCUUAAGCCAUUCGCAGGGUGUACAUGCAGGUAUCCAUUCUCUUCUCCUCUUCCUCCUUCUCCUCCAUAAGUCUUGUACUUGGCAAAAUUCACUAUUCGCUAUCCAUACGUGCACAAGAUACUAAGUGAUAUUACCAUUUCGUUCCUAUGUACUGUACAGCAUUAAGAUUUAGGUCACUCAUUAAGUUACCUACGAGUCUAGUGAUUAGUUUUCGAGUCCUACACUUUAUCCUCUCCUAGGCCACCUGUACAGCAUCAUGGUCUGGAUUAGUCAUCAGUUACCUCUGAGUUUAGUGGUUAGUUUCCGUAACAGAGCUAUCUUAUUCUUUCCCCGGGCCACCCCAAGAAGUGAGCCUCGCCCUGCCUUGGCCGUCCCCUCGUGCCGGGCCUUCGUAUGCUCGUUUCCGUGAUACUGAUGUACCCCGGCUUCUUCCAGUGAAAGUGUAUUACCCUCAAGAACAUGUGACAAAUGCUGCCUGUAAUGUAUAAAUCAAUAUGUAAAUUGGUUUGUGUAUAAAUAAUAACUAUGUUUGAUG